AUGUGUGAAGUUUUCCAUACAAUGGAGGAAAGUGAAAUUGGACUUCACAUACAGAGCUCUGGGACACCUGAAAGCUCGACGACGCACAUACGCGAAGAUCACGCCCGUCGACGCACUAUUCGCACGCGGUGGAUACAUCCCCACCAACUCGUCGAUCCCGACGAUAUGGUCAUGUCAACGGCUCACAUACUGCAUCACGGUCGAGACGGCUCGCAGCAGUGUGCUCGGAAGUCCAAAGUGACCGGGCGCCGCCCAGUUUCGAACAUGUCCGCCGUGAGCAGACGCGAUUUGAACUGUAUCACUCUGACAGGUCUUCUCACGACACUCACGACACUUCCUGUCAACGCCUUCGAGGAUGGAAAGCAGGUCGGCGCAUAUUUACCCCCUUCUGAAGACGUGUCAGGAUAUUUCAUGUUUGAGGCUGGAAAAACUCGCACGCCAGCUUUAAGGGCGGGAGCGAUAGAACCUUACAAAAUAUCGUUGCCCAGAAACUGGGAGGAGAUUCCUGUGAGUAAUGCGAAAAGUGGCAACUACUGUCAGCCUAGAUGUGAUGAGGCGACCACUGAGGUGCAGUUCGCAAGCUCGAACGCAGGAACGCUUCAAGUCAUAAUCAUUCCAACAAACAAGUUACUCAUCACCGAAAAAUCGCCAACAAUCGAAAAAGUUGGUUCACUGGCCAGCGUUUUGAACGCUGUUUCACCAGCUAUUACGGGCAGUGUUGCGGUUGAACAAGAAGAAAUUAUUUCUUCGCAGCAAUACACCAUCGAAGGUCGUGGAUACUAUCAGUAUGAGCUUGAGACUCCUUUUGCUGCGUACGGUUUACACAACACUGCAUGUGUCACCACCAGUCAGAACUACGUGGUCAUUGCAUCUGUAGCAGCUGAUGAGAAACAGUGGGCUACAUCAGCCAAGGAAGUACGAAAGGUUGUUGAUUCUUUUCGAGUGCUCAGUGCCAAUUAG